AUGUAUGGAAAGCGUUCCAAUUCUGACUCUGAUGACCACAACGAUAAUGAAGGAACUAAAAAAAGAAACGAUGGUGAUGAUAGAGGAAAGAGCUUAAUCGGUCCAUAUGAUACUGUAUUCCGAUACUUAUGCCCUAAUGAGAAACUCAUGAGCAUAAUGGGAGGGCGUUGUGAGACUCUCAUAAAAUUAGAAUCCGAAACUAAUUCAACAAUCCAGUUUGGUGAUAAAGUGUUAGGAUGUGUAGAACGCGUUAUUAUUAUCUACAGCACAAAAGACAAAACAAACAAAUUUGAUGGAACUGAUCAACUAGUUUGUCCAUCACAAGAUGCCCUUUUCAAAGUACAUGACAUAGUAGUAGCUGAUGAAGUGGGGCCCAAUGAGGUUGCUGACAUGGCACCACAAGUUACAGCUCGUCUCCUUGUCUCAUCUGAUCAAAUCGGAUGUGUUAUUGGAAAAGGUGGAGAAAUUGUUCAAACUAUAAGGACAGAAACCGGUGCUCAGAUUCUUAUUAUGAAGGAUAAUCAUUUGCCUAUUUGUGCAUUCAGCAAUGAUGAACUCAUACAAAUAUCUGGUGAAGCUUCUGCUGUAAGAAAAGCAUUAUUUCAAAUAGCAUCACGUCUUCAUGAGAACCCAUCAAGAUCUCAACAUCGCUUACUUCCUCCCUCCAUUAUGGUAUCAGCUCCACCUGUUGAUACCAAGGGUGAAUCAUUUUCAAAAGAUUUUUCUCUUCUUUUGAUUUGUCCUUCUUCAAGUGUUGGUUUUGCAAAUGGCAUAGAUAGUGGCUUAAUCAAAGAUAUUAGUCAAAAAUAUGGAGCAAGUGUGAACGUCAAUCCCCCAAGAACUUGGGGUGAAGAUUGCAUAAUAUCUGUCACUGCAGAGGAGAUCUCUGAUCACAUAUAUUCUCCAACUAUUGAAGCAGCAAUAUGUCUACAAAUGAGGAGUAAUUUCAGGGAUAAAAGUGACUUUUAUUCAGGUCUUAUUUCAUAUACCACUCAAUUACUUGUUCCCUCUUCUCAUGUUGCCUCCAUAACUGGGAAAGAAGGCUCCAUAAUUUCUGAAAUUAGUAGAGUCACUCAUACUGAUAUUCAAAUACUUUCAAAAGAAAACCUUCCAAAAGUGGCCAAACACUAUCAUGAUGAAAUGGUGCAGCACCUGAAGUUUCAAAGUAUGAAAGUGGAGAUUCCAAAUGGAAUGGACAUUCUUAUUCUAGCAGAUAUGGAACCUAUGGUGGCUCGCAGGGGAAAAGUGGUGGUGAUACUUAUUGAUCAUACGGUGGUAGUUAUUCUCCAAGACGUAGCAGUGGUCAUGCUAGGUUUUGCAUUAAGGAUGAUGAUGGUAAUGUUAACUUGA